AUGGCCUACAGCUCUCGUUACGCUGUACAAGAGAUUCCAAAGUACAAGCUACCCAAAAGCUCCACCGAAGCCAAGGUGGCCUACCAACUCAUCCAUGAUGAGCUUGAACUCGAUGGCAGGCCCUCUAUGAACCUAGCUAGUUUUGUGCAUACAUGGAUGGAAGAUGAAGCUGACAAGCUAGUGUAUGAGAACAUUGCAAAAAACCUCUCCGAUCAAGAUGAAUAUCCUGCAACGAUGACUAUCCAGGGACGUUGCAUUUCCAUCAUUGGCAACUUGUGGCAUGCUGAAGCUGCUAUUGGCACAGCAACUGUUGGUUCAUCGGAAGCUGUCAUGUUGGGUGGAUUGGCGCUUAAGAAACGAUGGCAAGAAAGACAACGCAAAAACGGCAAGGACGUUUCACGCCCUAAUAUCAUUAUGGGAAACAAUGCUCAAGUGGCUUUGGAAAAGUUCGCACGCUAUUUCGAUGUGGAGAUGCGAUUGAUUCCCGUUUCGGAAGAGAGCCAUCACAUCCUUGAUAUCCAUAAGGCUGUCGAAGCGUGUGAUGAAAACACCAUUGGCAUCUUUUGUAUCCUUGGAUCAACAUUCACAGGGCAUUUUGAAGAUGUUUUGGGGCUUUCAAAACUCCUUGACGACUAUGAAGCUAAAACUGGAUUGGAUAUUGCUAUCCAUGUCGACGCUGCAAGCGGAGGUUUUGUUGCUCCCUUUGCUUUCCCUGAUCUCAAAUGGGAUUUCAGACUCAAGCGUGUGGUUUCAAUCAAUGCAUCGGGUCACAAGUUUGGAUUAAGCUAUUGUGGUAUUGGUUGGGUGCUAUGGCGAUCAACAGACUACCUUCCAAAAGAGCUUGUCUUCCAGUUGGAUUACUUGGGCAGCAUUGAAUAUACGUACAAUCUCAACUUCUCAAGACCUGCUUGCUUUAUGAUCUCACAAUAUUACAACUUCAUCCGCCUUGGUCAUGAGGGUUACAAGCGUGUAAUGGAAAAUGAUCUUAAGAACGCACGUCUCUUUGCAUAUGCGCUUGAGGAAACGGGUUCCUUUGACGUCGUAUCAGACUUGCAUCGUCCUUUGAAUGUUUUUGGAUGGCAUAAAUCAGGAAAAGAGCAAGUGGCACAAGCGAAAAAGAAGGGUGCUGCUGUAAAGUACAAUCCUGCGCUUCCUGUUGUCUCAUUCAAGUUGAAUGAUGACUUCAAGAAAAAGUACCCACAUGUGCAACAAGCGGCUAUCAGCACCUUGCUUCGUACCAAAGGCUGGAUCGUACCAAACUACAAGCUUCCACCAGCUGAGGAUGACACUGAAAUCUUGCGCGUUGUUGUUCGUGAAUCGUUGUCACGUGAAAUGAUCGACCGGCUUGUUAUAGAUGUUCGCGAGGCAGCAGAUAAGCUCAAGGAAGUCGAAAACGAGGCUAGCCAAAUGCUUGCUGAUGUCACAGGUGUCAGCACGAAAAAUAAGCACGAAGCUCAUGAACAUCGCAACGUCAAACGCCCAAAGACAUUCAAUAGCACUUGUUAG